AAUUAUGCCUACGUUACAAAAUCCAAAGCUACUCCGGACGCAGGCAGCGACUCUCGCGCCAUAUUCGCGACGUUGCCGUUGUCGACUCAGCCUCUUAAAGACGCACGUGCUGAACAAAGAGCGGCCAAGGCUAUCGGAGGAGGUUACCAGCUACACAGACUCGACGGACGAUGAGAGCCCCACAUCGUCUAAUAGAGCCAUGGAUGCCGCCCGCAUCCUUUUCGAUGACAGGCACAUAGCUGCCUGGCGCCCAGAGCUCUUUUUGUACGCUCCGUUGGGGGUGCUUCUUGCAACGUUUCGCUCCGCGAUGUGGAUUCUGGGCAUAGCGCUGGACCAACCUUUUUUUAGGAACCAAGCUGUCGUUGAGGCCUACCUGCGCUUGCUGGGUGUCCAAGUAACUUGGCGGAAUGCUGAUCGGAUACCUGCUGGUCGCCACGUCAUGGUCUCCAACCACUGCAGCGUGGGCGAUCUCAUGAUGCUCUUCAGCCACCCCUCCCUGCCGCAGCGCUACACGCACCUUAUCACAAGUGCUCUUCCGGCCCAGGUGACACGCGCCCGGCACCUGCCCGUCCUCAUGCGCCCUGCCUCGCCAGCCACUUAUGACGAACUUGCGACGAGCUCGGACCCCAGCCCCGUACACCUCUUCCCAGAGGGUGGCAUGACUAAUGGCCGCGGCAUGCUGCGGUUCUCCCGAGGCUUCACACGCAUCUUGCAACAGCAGCAGCAACAACAACAGCAACAGCCGUCUGCCUUGCAACUACAGCAGCAGCCACAUGUGCAGCAGCAAUACCACCAGGACAUGGCGCAGCAACACCAGGGACGGCUAACGGCGCCAUCCGUUGCUCUGAUGCCUGGAACUGGGCAGGGCUCAAGAACCACCGCAGAAGAAGCAACCGUGGGACCAUCAUCGCCAUUGUUACCAGCAGCAGCAGCAACAGGAACAGCAGGCGCCGGAGGCGCAAGAGCUGGGGCAGCAACAAUAUUGCCACCACCGGCAUCAUCAUCAUUAUCAUCAUCAUCAGCAGCAGCUUCCACAACGGUAGCAGCUCUCCCAGUGGUGCCCGUGGCGCUUCGGGUCAGGAGCUGCAUGUCAGGUGUGAACACGCACACGCUAAACAGCAGCUUUCUAGAGAACCUGUUUUGGUUUGGGUUUAGCCCUAGCACCACUCUGGAGGCGACGGUGUUGCCGGCCAUGGUUCCGGAGCCUGGGGAGCCGCGCGGCGCGUUCGUCAAUAGAGUGCAAGCGGCCAUUGCUGCGGAGCUGGGGGUGGAAGUAUUUGAAAUGACGAUCCAGCAGAAGCGACAGCUGGGCAUGGUCCUGCCCGAGGUACCCGAGGGCACGCGGGGUGCGACCUACGCAAUAUUUGACGAGAAACAGAAGCUCCAAUACAUCGGCACCACGUCGGAUCUCCGGAACGCGCUGCGCACAGCCCUUGGGCGCAGACCCGAGAAGACCUUCUACUUCAAGGCAGCAACGUUGCCUACCAGCGAGCCCACGGCCUUGCAGGCAAUUCGCGACGCCUGGUUCUCAGAGUGCGGAGGACAGCCCAACGGCAAUCGACUCGCUAUCGAGCGGUCCAUGUGGCAGCAACCCGUGGACGCGGGGGCCAUCAGCGAACGAGGCCGUAAGGGCGCAGCGGAGGAGAAGACGCGCCAGCUGGUCGCAGCGCUGCGGGAGCGCGGCUGCAAGGAGGACUUCACACCUAAUCCCACACUUCUCCUGGAGGGUCAGGUGGACUUCUUGCCGGCUCGCAACCUGACGGAUGAGGAGCUGGCGGCCGAGCGGGAGGCCGAGGCGGCGCGCAUGCGGGGUCGGCGGUCCUGCAGUGCCAUUGUUGAUGGCCAGGAGCGUGUCUUCCACACUUCCUACGUCCUGAAGUUCCCCACCAAUGGCGGCUACAUGAUGGAUGUCAGUGUGCUGUUCGACGGUCGGGAAACGCAGCACCGGGUCAUUGUGGGCAAGCAGUACUAUGAGCCGUACGGCCUAGCUCCGGAGGCGGCGGUUGAAGCUGGCCUUGCUCUGCUGCUGCGCGCAAAGGUCGCACGUGCCACGGAAGGCAUCUUGCUAAGCAGCCAGUUCCCCGUUAACUACUUCGCGCUGGGACAGCUGGAACAGUGGUACGGUGAUGAAUUCCGGCAGGAGUUUGAGCGGAUUACCGGCCAGGAAUUCGUAGAGGUUUUUGGGAAGCAAGGGAAAGAGCUGCAACGGCCAGUAAGUGUGGUCAACCAGGAACCAACACGCAGCUAUAUGGGUCGACACCCUCGGACUCCUCUUGGCGGGGUGCAGCUACCAGACGGCAACCAGGACGGUUGGCGCUUUAACCGUGUGCACGACUAUGGGCCGAUGCGGACGGAGACUGCAGAGCAGCUGAAUGCGGCCCUGGGACAGGGUGCCCGGUCAGAGCUAGCGGAAGCUAUGGACGAGGUGUUUGGAGGCGGAGACUGCAACGAGGAAGAAGAGGAUGAUUUGCCACAGGGUCAGGGCAUAUUGGACGCUUUUUUCUAAGACGUGACUUUCAUCGCUAGCAGUUUUUAAAGAGCAUGGGAGACAUGGUUGGCGCAGUCUGGCAUGCAUGAAGUUACUCUGCUAUGAUUACCCUGCUAUGGUUAUUAGGGGAAAUGUUUUGCUUAGGUGCGGUGAAAAGCAGCACAGAUGCAGUCCAGCAUUCCGUUGGAAGUCGUAGGUGCGGGCCGGUGUGGGAGGUCGGGAAGAGAGCUUGUGCGCUACUUUGACACAGGCGAUCUACCUCCCUUGAGGUAUUGUAAUGAGUUAUGUAAAGGAGCAGAACUGA